AUGGAUUUUUCCAUAUCCGUUGAUCCGCAGCAGCCGCUCCAAUCCGCGUUCGACAGACUCUUCCAAUCCCACCUGCCGCACUGCUGCCUGCCAAGUAAGCAGCAGGAUAACGUAGAUAAGGCCAGCGACCAAAAGGAUUUGACGAAAAUAGAGAAACAGGCUGUUCGAUUUAUGGCUCUCGGUCAAGUGGCGUACCUAUCGCCUGAAGCAUCAGCGGAGAAGGCCAAGCUUAAAGCGGGUACAGUGAUCAAAGUGCUCCCAGUAAAAUCAAGGGAGGGGGGGAAGGGAAAACCAGAUUCGGCAGUUGCCGCCGGGGGUAGCAGCAGCAGCAGCAGUGGUGUUGCGAAUCACACACCCGCCUCUGCGCCUGCUUCUGCUCCCCCUUCCGCUCCCGCCUCUGCGCCUGCCUCCGCGUCUGUCUCUGCGCCUGCUUCUGCGCCUGCCUCUGUGCCUGCCUCUGCGCGUGCCUGUCCUCCCGCCUCUGCGCCUGCUUCUACUCCCGCCUCCGCGCAUGCGUCUGCGCCUAUCUCCGCCCCUGUCUCCGCUCCGCCGGCCCCUACGCCCGCCACGAAUGGCGGCCACAGCAGCGCCCUCACUAGCACCAGCAGGCGCGUCAGCAGCAGCCGUCGCAUCCGACCGAGCAUCACGAGCCCGCUAGGCUACUCACCAAUCUCCCGCCCGCACAUGGUACACCACGUCGACGUGAACCUCCCCUGGAACCACUCCCUCUGCGCCUGCUGCCUCUCGCGCAUCCUCCACCCCGCCCCCCCCAUCACCUACCAAACCUCCACCCUUAACGCCCUCCGCCUGCACCUGCAGCAGCCAGUGAGUGAGAAGAUCAACCCCUGCCAAGCCAGCCACAACCGGCCGUCCCAGGCUAUCCUUGCGUAUUCCACCACGGUUAGAGUGCCGAGAACCUGGAGUAUGACUGGUCCAGGUGUGGGGCGUGGGGGAAGCAGCCGCACUGCGCUUGCCUCUGCUGCUGCUCGUGGGGGUGGUGGCGGCGAUGGCGGGGGAAUUUCCAGGUUCGACGUUCCCUCAGGGUCUCCUGCCGUGCAGUUCAAGUGGAAGGCGGAUUUCGCGCCCAUGCCUGCAGCCGAGGGGAUGCUCCUCGAGUGGAUGGCAGAGCCACGUGUCGGGCUGCUGUGGGACCUGGAUGUGGUCAGAUGCCAGCUGGCACAAGCAGACAUUAUGGGGAUUGGCGAUCUGGCUGAUGCAAGUGGCGCUGCUACAACCGCUGCUGCUACAGCCGCUCGUGCGACCACCUCACGUGCUUCCAACACCACUGGCGCUACAGCCGCUACAGCAUCCAAGCACUUCUGGUGGUGCUGUUGGCAGUGCAGCGCGUGUUGGGCCGCCUACCGCCGCUGCCUCGCCAUGGUGGUCUUCCUUGUGCUUUUAGCGAGGCUUCCCCGUGCAGUCACACUCUGGCGCCUGCACAUGAGGUCAUGCUACAAUGUCUUCCCCGCCCUGGCGAAUCUGCUGAACGUGGGGAGGCAGAUCGAGGGGAUGGGGGGCAGGCUGGCGGAGCGGCAGGCGAGUAGGCAGGCGGGGAAGGGGGGAGGGAAGCAGGCGAGUGGAAAUGCGGAGGAGGAUUGCUUUGGAUCGAUUCUGGUGCAGGUGCUUGGAGUGAAAGGGAAGAAGGAGCUGGAGUCGGGGUUUGCUGCUCAUGUGCUGCCUCUUCUGCCGGGGGGGAGACGGGCGCAUGGGGGGAUGAGAGGGGGGGCGGGGAGUGGAGGAGGGGGAGGAGGACGACGAGGAGGGACUGGUUCAGUGAAAGGAGAGGAGUGGAGGGAGGGGUUGAGAGGGGUGGAGUGGGAUGAGUAUGUGGAGCAGAUGGGGGAGAUUAUCUCCCAUGGAGGGCUGGAGGCUGAGAAAUACCGCUGCAGCUGCAGGCAGUGCGGAGGAGACAACGAGGGCGCAGGGGGGAGUGGGGAUAGUGCUGCUGGUAAUGGUGGUGGUACUGCGAGUGGCAUGGUCAUAACUGGCGUUGACCCGACAGACUUUUCUCUCCGGACUGCGUUCACACUCUGUAUGCCACGCUUUGCCAUCUACGGCGUUAUGGCGUUUACCGGGGCAUGCAGUAACAGGUACAAGGAGCGCGUGGAGGAUGCUGCUGUGGAGGCAGCCAGGCAGCGGCUGGCGGAGAAAGCAGAGGGGGCGGAGAGGGCAGAGGAGUCUGGAAAGGGGAGCCCCUGGCUCAACCCCCCCAGCUACUGCACCCGCACCAACCCGGAAGCCCCAGCCCUGGCGCUCCCGCACCCGGCGCACGAUCUCCCGAGCCUGCUGGUCAGGUUCGGCGCCAUCCCCAAGCCUGCGGGCACGGCAGGUUCGGAGGCUUGUGGAGGAGGAGUUUCGGGGUGGGAGGAGUUCCCAGUGGGGGACAGAGACGCCCUGAAGGCGCAUGGCCGUGGUAGUGCCCUGGGAGGCAGGGAAGGGGUAGGAGGGGUAGAAAAGGGUACUGCAGGGUUGGUGAAUGGAGAGUUUUUGGGAGUGAAUACUUUCCAGACAGGCAGUUUCCGGGACUCUGUGUUGGACCGAGAUGAGAUGCUGAAAGAAUUCAAUGUGGGGGCAGCACAGGGUCUGCAGGAGAAUGGGGCAGUGAGAAGCGCGGCCACCACAAGCGCAGCAGAGGGCCUGCAGGAGUAUCGAGCUGCCAGGGCUCUGAGUGACAGCAGCAUGGACACUCCCGCGUUUCCGACCCUUGCAGACCGCGUCGAGGAGUUUCUGAGAAGGUUCUCGCCGAAGCGGCUGGCAAAGGAGGGGCGUGCCCAUGCUGAGAUCCCCUCAGGAGGUGGACGCUUUUCUAGAGUUCAUGGUGGGCAUGACCACCCUCACGCCCGCCUGCAACUGCUGCAUGCAUUGUCUCAACGUGUUCAACCGGUCGGUUACCCCUGCCGCCAUUGUUGCCUCCUUCGCAUUUCGCCCCUCCUCGGUGCUUCUGCGCUGCUUCCUCUCGGUCUACUGCAGGCAUGCCUCUCAGGUGAGAGUUCUCCCAGACAGAUGGACAUGGCUGGUACACCAUCUAGGUGA